UGACGGCGUCGCUUCGUUAGUAAAAGAAAAGAGAGCGUGGAUUGUUAUAAUUAUUUUUGACGGAAAAGUCUAUUUUAAUUAAAUUUCCAAAAAAUGGUGGGAAAAACUAAAACAACCUCUAAGGCUUCCCCUGACCAAGACAAUCCUGUGGCAAAAUCGAAGAAAAGUCCUGGGAGACCGAAAAGUCCUGGAAGAUCGAAAAGUCCUGGCAGACCGAAGAGCCCAGGGAGAACGAAAAGUCCAGCAAGGACUAGUCCUAGUAGAACUAGGCCCGAAACUGUAAAAGCAACUUCUGAAACCCCUACAAGAUCGAGCACUAGAACCAGAAGCCCAGCUAGACUUAGAAAUACAUCACCAACAACAUCCACUCCAAGAUCUACCCCAAUUCUUACCCCAUCCAGGAGGAGCCCCAUUCGAAGAUCUCCAGCAAGGCUUGUGAAGGAACCUUCUGAAGAUAAAGAAAGAGAUAUUCCUUUGGUGCGUCCUAGAAAAAAAAUUAUUGUUGAUACGGACACCGAUUCAGAUAAUGCUGAAAGUGUACCUGAGAAGUUAGAAAAACCAAAAGCUAUGGUAAGAGGCAGAUCGAGGCGGAAAGAUUUUGAAAUUGAACCUGAAGACAAGGGUGAAUUGAAGGCAGUAGAAACAGAAGGUGCAGACUCAAUAGGCCUGGUUCAUCGUUUCACACGUGCUUCACAAAACCGUGAAAUCGAACGCGUUGUACAUUUAAAACAUUUCGAUUCGGUAACGAUUACUAAACGGCUUGGUGAAUUUUCAGACGAAGAUGAUGUUUUAAUAAAAAAAUCCCAGACAGAACUUCAGGAGUUCAGCGACACCAAAAAUUUAGUGGAGUUUGGUGGUCUUUAUGGUGCCUUGAUAUCGAUAGUUGCGUUGCCUGUUUUUGUUAUAGCUUUAAACGUUAUUUGUAACGAGGAACAUUGCUCUUUUACAAAGUUACCUGACCUAAAGGGGAUUAAAUCAUUGUCGACUUAUUUUAAUGCCACUGCAAGUUUAUGCUUCGUAGCAUAUCUGACUUUGGUGGCCUUACUAUCUGCCUUGCCAUUUGGAGGGCUAAAAGUUGCUGCUUUACCAAAUAAACACGGCAAAUUUUGUUAUGUAAUGAAUGGUCUAUUUAGUUGCAUUGUUUUGCUAUUGAUAGGUGGUGCGUUAGAGUUGAGGCGUGUUCCCAUUGCUGAUUUCAUGAUUGUACAUACUUUGCCUUUACUGGUUGCCUCUAUUUUUUGCGGCAUUGUAGUUUCUGUAUAUGCUUAUGUCAGAAGUUUCUAUGCUCCUGUUAGCGCCCUCAAUGCCUAUGUCAUUGGAAAACCUGGAGUUUAUGGAUUUUUUUUGGGGAGAGAAGUGAACCCCAGGAUAUUUUCUACAAUCGACUUAAAGUUACUGUUCUUCAGAAGCUGCAUUUUUGGAACUAUUUUCAUUGAUUUCGCAUUUUUGUACAACAGUUUGGACAUUUCUUCAGCAACAAAAAUAUCGGAGAAUAAGGCAUUUGAUCCGAAACUCCUUCAUUUACAACAAACGUUACUGAUAUACGUUUUAUUGCAUUCUAUUAUCGGUCUAGACAUACUCAUUUUUGAAUCGGUUUGGGUCAGUUCAUUUGAAGCUGGGCAGGAAGCAUUUGGAUACUUGACAGUAAUGGGUUUUUUAACAUAUCCUUUUAUUUCGUCGUUAAUACCAAAACAUAUAAUUAGUCACGGAGUGGAACUGGCUUCUUGGAAACUGGUGCUAAUAUCUCUCACUUUUUCUUUGGGUUACAUUUUAUACAGAGCCAGCAACAAUCAGAAGGACGCUUUCAGGAAGAAUCCAUAUAGCCCGGCAUUGUCUCAUUUGGAAACGAUCCCAACAACACAAGGAAAAAAACUUCUCAUAUCUGGAUUUUGGGGCAUCGUUAGGCAUCCUAACUACUUGGGUGACAUUUUAAUGCACUUGUCUUUUGUCCCAUUUGUCUGGUGUGCCCCACCGAUUUUGUACCCAGUCGGUGUGAUUUUACUACUGAUCCAUCGCUCGGUAAGAGAUAAUGCACGGUGUAGACUAAAGUACGGGGCUGCCUGGGACAGAUACUGUAACAGGGUGAAACAUGUACUUAUACCUAAGGUUUUUUAGUUCGUAAUACAUCUGCUUGAAGUAAUUAACAUUUAAAGAUGAUUUGUACAUUUGGGUAUAUAAUUAUUUAUAUAUUUAGAAGAGAGCAUAUUGAGUACAAUUUUUUCAUCUUUUCAUGUUUUAUCUGUUUUUUACGAACGGAUUGAAGAUAUUUAGAGUGUUCUUUUUAGAUGGAUUGUUUUACUACCUUAUAUGUUUAUGUAGCGUUUAAUUAUAUUGAAGUAUAAUCAGUUUUGAAAUAUUUUAUUUUAUUGAUUUAUCUCAAAGAUUUAUAAAAUUUUAUUGUGUAGAUCUAAUAUGUAAUUGUGUAAUAUUUACACAUAUAUUUUUUUUGAGAAAAUGUGGUCUGAUAUUUAUGUAAAAAUUUCGGUAUUAAAUAUUUGUAAGAAUUUAUUACAUCACUUAUUAAUUUAUUCUGACAAUCAUACUAAUUUAAUUAUAUGAAUAAACUCAACUAAUUUAUAGAAAGUAUUAUAAAUAACGAAAAUGUGGUAUUAUCGUAUAUUUAUAACAUGAUUUGAGUGAAGAAAGAUAUGACACUAUGAUUUUUUUUUCUGUAUUUGUGGAAAAAAGUUAUUUCUAACAAGUAAAUU